UAUCUAUACAACUUAAGGUGGUCUGCUGUAUUUUUCGGAUCAAUAAACUACUAUUGUAAUUUUCAUCUACAAGUGAGGUUAGGCUUUUAAAUUUGCGCUUAUAGGACGUAUUUUACAUAAAAAUGCUGCCUUUAUCGUUACUUCGGACGGCACAAAACCAUCCCAUGCUUGUAGAAUUGAAGAAUGGAGAAACUUACAACGGUCAUUUAGUCAGUUGCGAUAAUUGGAUGAAUAUUAAUUUGCGUGAAGUCAUUUGCACUUCUAGAGAUGGCGACAAGUUUUGGCGAAUGCCUGAAUGUUACAUAAGAGGCAGCACAAUAAAAUAUUUACGUAUCCCAGAUGAAGUAAUAGAUAUGGUCAAAGAGGAAGCUGUGGUGAAGAAUAGAGGUAGAGACAUGAAAAGUGGUCGAGGGGGGCAAAACCAGAGAAAUAGACCGGCUGCUAGAGGUAAUUUUGGAGGCCGUGCAGGCAAGCCAGGUCAAGGCGGACGAAACCCCCCGUUCCAGAAACAGAAACCGAAAUAAAACAAUCAUUUUCAUGCAUGUCAUUUUUUUAUUUAUAAGAAGCUUAACAUAGGUAUAAAUAAAAACUUUGCGAAAUAAA